GGCCGACUCACCUAGCCCAUUACCUUCUCUCGAUCCCAUUGACCCUCUUAUAUCUCUCUUGCCCGCUCGGAGCCCCCUCCCACAAUGACCUCCCUCUUCUUCUCCACACCCGUCGACAUCGAUGUCGUCCUCGAAGACAGCGAUGAGCGCCAGACAGUCGACGUCAAGCUCGACAAGGGCCGUCGCGAGAGGGUACCUCUCUACAUGGACGGCGAGUCCGUGAAGGGUGCCGUGACUGUCAGGCCCAAGGAUGGAAAGCGAUUGGAACACACGGGCAUCAAGGUGCAGUUCAUUGGUACAAUCGAGAUGUUCUUCGACCGCGGUAAUCAUUACGAGUUCCUCUCGCUGGUGCAGGAGCUCGCAGCUCCCGGAGAACUGCAACACCCUCAAACCUUCCCCUUCAACUUCAAGAACAUCGAGAAACAAUACGAGUCCUACAACGGUAUCAAUGUGAAGCUACGUUACUUCGUUCGUGUGACGGUGUCGAGACGCAUGGCCGAUGUGAUUCGGGAGAAGGACCUAUGGGUUUACUCCUAUCGCAUGCCCCCGGAGACAAACAGCCCCAUCAAGAUGGACGUCGGUAUCGAGGACUGCUUGCACAUUGAGUUCGAAUACUCCAAGUCCAAGUACCACCUCAAGGACGUCAUCGUUGGACGCAUCUACUUCCUCCUCGUACGGUUGAAGAUCAAGCAUAUGGAACUCUCAAUUAUUCGCCGUGAGACGACCGGUUCUCCUCCCAACCAAUAUAACGAGAGUGAGACAUUGGUGCGGUUCGAGAUCAUGGAUGGAUCCCCUUCGCGAGGUGAGUUGGCUGUGUGCCCAUUGCACCUGGCGCCCUGAAGUGCCAGCACGUGACACUGCGGGAUUAUCGCGACUGGGUGACUUCCCCGACUGACUCUUUCUAGGUGAAACCAU